AUGCCUGGGCACAGCCCUGGAACUCCCAACACCCUCCGCUCGGGAUUUCGCGCAGCCUGCACCGAAUCAUCCAGAAGAAGGGCCCUCCGCACUUUGCGACGAGCCACGUGGAGUCCUAAGGCAGGUACUGGUCCAAUCGCCGAUUUUCCUCGACGCGCGCAACCUCCCACGAUGGAACUAAAGUGUGCGGACCGGCUGUAUCGGAGGGACGACAGUGGUUCUGAGGGCCUCACGAAGUCUCGGCUGCGACCAUUGGUCCUGGCCAUGUCCCCCAGCGGAGCCCCCACGACGACCAUGGAACGUGCUCCUCAUUUCACCCGGCACCGCCAGCUUCUCAGCGCCGACGGUGGGUGCGAUGAACUCUACAAACCCGCGACCGUUGCCCGGCGAUUGGCCCGCGCGAGACGACGCUCACGGGCCAUGUGUCCGCCCCUCGCAUGGCGUUCCACAACGCCCAAUGAUCGUCUCCAGCGUGGGGAAUGCCUCGGUGGCGGCGGAGUCGCGUUUCCCUCUUGCCGGGGUGAGAGUCCUGGAUGGCCCGGCACCCACGCACUGCCCAGCGCGAUCCCGGUGCAUGAUGCAUCCCUUUCUGGGGUGCGGCCGCCUGAGGUCCGCGCGGCCUGCCCCGCGUAUUCCUGCUCCUGCGGCGACUUUCCGAAAAGCCAACCUCCCGGGCAAUGCCGCCCCCCCUUUCCCAGCGCUGGGGGGCCAGAAUCGGGCGGCGCCCGUGUUCAUUGGAGGUCCCAGGGCUUUCCUGCCACAGACAAGGCGGCGGCCAAGGCUGCACUGAUGCAGAUAUCAUUCUAUCAAGCGUCUCCGUUGCAGGGACGGACACAGUACAUCAUAGUGGGGACGGCACUCCAGGAAUCCAACCGCUGUGACUCCCAAUGGCCCAUCCUCUCGGCGGGUGCUCCACCGAAUCGCAUUGGAGCGGAGCGCGAUGGGAAGGUGACUACAAAUUUUAUGGAGUAUACUUCUAAUACAGGCGCUAUCUUUGAUGGAAGCCCCGGAAUUGGCGGUGGUUGCUUGGCGCUCCCGAUUCAAGAAACUGGGACCGUUGCAUGA